UACUCUGAUUGGGAUGGAUUAUUCCUGGCUAAUUGGUUGAUUUAAUUUAUCUCACGGCGAAACGCGUGGGCUGCUCCUGUGGAAAGCAUGUCUCAUAUUUGUAAAUGCGCUUGUAUGUGAAUCUAAAACUGUGUUAUUGCAUUUUGAAAAUGAUAGACAUUUUGGAAUGCUUGGCUUCGCUGAACUCCGCAGAGGGGACAAGCAGCACGGUAUCACGCGCAGGCUGCCAGGGAGCAGGAAGCUGCUCCAGCCAACAGAAUUGCAGCGUUGCGUGUGUGCGCCUCAAGCCGACCGCUGCCUGCAACUGAGUGGCUGUUAACAUCCCCCGCAAAUUUACAGUGGAUGCAGAGAAAGAGACUCCGGGUGAUUGAAAGUGAUAGUGAGAGAGCACUUUUCAUAUAUUUGUUGUAUCGGCUGUGUGUGUGGGAGUGAAGCGCAUUUGACAGUUACUUGGAUCCUUAAAGCGAGCUGGUUCAUUGCCAAAACAACGUGAUAUACAUGAUACCGUGGGAAAACAUCACAAACGCGCAGGAAAGAUGACGCCAGACCGUAGUGAAUGUAAUGGGCAUAACUCCGUCCGCCACAGUUCGGAAUACCAUCGGGGAACAGACGGGAUGGAAUACAAACGGAACAGUCUGUGAAAAUGCAUUAUUUUAAUAAAGUCUGCAAUAAUUAAAAGGUGUGCGUGCGAUCGGCUAUGUGCAUUGCGCGCGUCGACCAGAGAUAAUGUUCGUCACCUCGCGGUCGUCCCCAACAAAUUGAGACAGUGAAUAAGCCUGCUAACAUAGUCAAAUUAAAACGGUCGCAAUUAAACUGUUAUGAUUUUGGACAUAUGUUAUGUGGGAGUACAGCUUGCCUUCUUGAAAGUUACCAAGUGAGCUAACGAAAAACACUAACGAGACUUCCGAGAUGGCCCUCAGCCCUGUCCUCUUCUUCCUCCUCUCUCUGAUUGGCUGUGGCCGCUCCCAGGAUGACAUCAUCGACCCCGGCAAGGCGCCUCCCCCUCCCCGGGGUUGCGGAACCAACGUGGACCCCCUGUACCGUGCCCUGUGUGACCUCGAGUCCGUCUGGACGGUGGUGUUGGAGGCCGUGGCCUGUGGAGGAGCCAUAACCUCCCUGGUCCUGUUUGUGGUACUCCUAGCCAAACGCCGCACUGUCCUUGACCCGGAUCGACGCUCCGGCCUGGGGCCUCUUCUCCUCCUGCUGGCCUCCCUCCUGGCUCUGUUCUCCCUGUCCCUCGCCUUCAUGGUGGCGCGAACGGAGGCCGUGUGUGUGGUCCGCCGGGUCCUCUGGGGCCCCCUGUUCGCCCUCUGCUUCUCCUGCCUGCUGGCCCAAGCGGUGCGUCUCAAGAGGCUGGUGUCCGGGAAGUCCAGCCCCAAAGGGGGCGCCCUGGCCGUGCUCGCCGGGGCCCUCGCCCUGGUCCAGGGGAUCGUCUCCGGAGAGUGGCUGCUGCUGAGCGUGGUGAGGGAGAGCCACAGGGCCUGCGACUACCCGCCACUGGACUUCGCCCUGGUGUGCAGCUACGCCCUGGGGCUGCUAGUGGCCGCGCUCGGCCUCUCCCUGGGCGUGGUGCUGUGCGGGGGCGACGGGGGCGAGGACGAGGAGGGGAGCGACGGGGGAUGCGAGCGCCGUUGGAGGUGCAACGGCGUGUGGCUCUUCCUGGCCUGCUUGGUCUCGCUGCUGCUGUGGGCCGCCUGGCUUGUGUUGUAUCUCCACGGCGACGCAGCACUGAGGAGGGCGCGGUCGGGGGGCGGAGCCCGGCGCCAGGAAUGGGACGAGCCGGUGUCGGCGGUGGCCCUGGUGGCCCAAGGCUGGGUCCUCCUGCUGUUCCACGCUAUCCCAGAAGCCCACCUGUGUCUGAGGGACCCACCGGCCCCCAGCCAGCACGACUAUUUCGAUACCAGCCAGCCCCCGCCACCCUGCUUUCAACAGGAUAUGACAAUCACGCGUGGACCUUACACAGAGAACCAGGCCUACUCCAUCGAGGAACACAGUGCAGCACUUAGAGGUGGGUCAUUCCAUAACGGAGGGAUACGUCCGGGAGUCCCCUUUAGAGGUCACAUGUACCAGCCCACUGAGAUGGCCUUGGUUAUGAACGGAGGAACGAUGCCCACUGCACCAGUCCACUACACAGGUAGACAGCUCUGGUGAGACUGGAACUUUGGAACCUGCCUCCACAACGUAAUCGCAUUCUAUGGUUCCGGAAUGCUCUGUGAUCUUCAGAACCCCGCCAAUGUCUCUACCUCAUCUCAGGACGGGAGUGAAAACACUGCACCUAGGUUAAACAAUACAAGGUUAAGACAUCGUUUCACGUGUAAUUGUUCCGGUAAAAAACGAAAAUAAUAUUCUUUGCACACUGUUACUGGUGGCAAGCGUUAUAGACUUAACAAAAUGCAACGUUCAAAUCAGAGACAUUGGUCAGGCAUAAUAAGUGCCCGAUGAAGGUCUCUGACCGAAAUUAGUGUUUAUUUUUUCUCUGUUUUUGUGCUGAUACCAUUCACUCUUCUAGUCAAAUCAAAAUGUGACAGCUGGUUCCUUGUUGAACAACGGGGCAAAGAGUUUUCUUAACCUUGUAUCGUAGAACCGAGCACUGCACAAGUUGACCUCACAAUUGUCAUCUUAACAUUGUAUGCACUUUGACCCUUGAGAGACAAGGGAUGAGAUAUUGUCUGAGCUAAACUCCGCAGCCUGGACUGUAUCCCACAAAAUUCCAGGGAAAUAUUGGGAAAGUUACCAGAAGUUUCCCCAGUCCCCAAUCAAAACGAUUACGACAACUGUCAACGCUUAGAGAACAGUGUUCUCAAUAUGUAUAUUUUUAGCUCUUGUGUUUUGUUGCUCUAGACAGGAUGAAAGCCUUUAUGAAGCAGCGGGGGGGAGACAGGGAAGUCAACCAAACUGCACACUAUUACCUACAAAGUACACUACUUUUGACCAGAGUGGCUGACAGUCUGGGUCACAGGUAACACACCUCAGUAGGGAACAGGGGUGCCACUUGGCACACAAACAGUAUUUGCAAUAUGUAAAUUACAUCCAUCCACCCUGUUCUCCAGCCUUGCCUGCCCACUCAUGUUCUCUACCGACUGAGUGCUGGGAUCUCAAACAGCCCCGUGCUUGGCAAUCAAUGCUCCACUACUGACCAAGGCCUAAGGUUCUUGGGUGACGCUCAAGACUCAGCCCACGGGCUUCGCUCCAGAUCGAUGAUUAUCACUAUUUAAAUAGCCGUGGACGCUGUAUUUUUUUUAUGCUUCCGUGCUGAGGGUGUGUUUUGGGUCUAUUAGAGUUGUUGUAAUCACGACACUUCGUAAAGGUCAUCCCUGCCCGUCGCUACUUUCGCGACAUAACGUCCAGGUGAAAUAUUUCCAUGACGAAUGUUAUGUCGUUAAAAUUGAAUAUUGGUGUCACAAAAAUGAGUACUGUAUCUUUUGUGGUUCUGUGAGAUCAAUAUUUUUUUUUAAAUCGCUGGCUGUAAUACUUUUUGGAGGGUUUUCUUUUUACCCAAGAGUGCAAUAUCAGUGUUAUUUAAUGUCAAAAUAUAUAUUGGUGUAUGGCAUGUGUGCACCUGGUACUAUAUAGUUCCCACAGACUUUUGUUGCUCUCUGCGUGCUCUUAUCUCUGAACACGUGACCCCCGGUCCUGGGUGGGACUAAUUUGCUGCCUGUUACUCCGGUGCUCUGGACUAAACCAUUUAGGGGAACUGAUAGGGGGGACUUUUAAUGUUGUGGCUUUACUGUGACCGGUCAAGGGAGUCCUUUGUAUAAGCUAGUAACAACUUUUGGUUUUGGGCUUGCUUGGUUGUCUUUUAAACACAAUGAUCUCGCUAACUUCAUAAACAUAAAUGUUGUCUUUGUGGGUUAAACUAUUUGCAAGGAUUUCCUGUAACUGUAAACAGACUUUCUGACUAAAACUGUUUAAUUGUUAAGGUAUUUGUAGGUUUUGUAGCAUGCAAUGUUUGAAGCACACACAAAAAAAAAUCCCAAUUAAAGUUUUUGAAAGUUUUA